ACUAACGCCUCCAAAUCAGCAAACAAAUUUGUGUCUUGUUUUCAUUUUUUAUUUGUUUUGCCAACUUCUAUGGAUAUACCAAAAACAUUUUAAGAUUUCUCCUUCGGACUCCCACUAACCGAGUAACGGGUAUCUGAUAGUCGAGGAAUUCGACUAUAGCGUUUUACCCUGAUAUUCAUUAAAUUUGAAUAAAGAAACAGAUAUGGUCUUAAUACCUGCGCUAAAUUCAAAAAGGUUUUCAAUAAAUUCUAUAGCGCUUUUUGGACAAUUGCAAAAGACAGCUUUAAAUUCAUAAUUUAGGGUAUAAAUACCCCGGGAUCUUUCCAGUGUAGUCAGUGUAGAUCAUAACAAUAUUUCAAGCGUUACGCCAUGUUAAAAAUUUUACUGUCACUAGCUUUUGUGUGCUUGCUUAUGGCUUACAUACAAGCCAAUCCUGAAGAAGCUAGCAGACGUCAUAAACUCUGCAUUCGCACCUUCGAUAAAUGUAUUGAAAACGAAGCUAGGUUGGGAAAACAGGACGAUACUUCCAAGUUCUUUAACGACUAUUGUCGCCGUUCUGAUUCUGGCUGGUCAGAUGUAAGCAGAUGUGAUCUUCUCCGUAUAGCCUGUUUAUCUACUGUACGCGAUUGCGAAACACCGACUUGCAAGAACGUUGCCCACCGCAUGCGUCUUUGGUAAACGUUUUAAGAGCACUGUGCAAAGGUUACGUGAAUAAACUGAAACAAGCAAUAUUAUAUACCAA